AUGUUUGAAGCAAAACUAAAGGCUUUGCGUAAGAAGCAAGAACUGGCUGCAAAGAUAAGGUCAAUUAAGAGAACAUUAAGAAAUUCUACUGCUUUGGCUUUUAGGGAUGAACGUAAGGCAAGAAAGAGAGUUCUUCGGGGGCUAGUAUAUAUUACAAGUGAGAAUGUUGUGGAAUUAAAAGGGAAGGUUGCUGGUGAAAUUAGCAGCGCUGAUGAGCUGACCCUGACUGAACUCAUGUUUAAUGGGGUCUUAAAGGACAUAAAGGUGGAGGAAAUGGUUUCUCUGCUCUCUUGUUUUGUAUGGCAAGAGAGAAUCCAUGAUGCUGCUAAGCCCCCCGAAGAACUUGGCCUGCUCUUUGCUCAAUUGCAAGAAACUGCUAGGAGGGUUGCACAACUUCAGCUUGAGUGCAAGGUUCAAAUUGAUGUGAAGAGUUUCGUGAGUUCAUUUAGGCCUGACAUUAUGGAAGCUGUUUAUGCAUGGGCGAAAGGAUCGAAAUUCUAUGAUAUCAUGGAAAUUACUCAGGUUUCUGAGGGUCGCUUGAUUAGCGCAAUUAGAAGACUUGAGGAACUUCUUCAGCCGCUGAUACAGGCAGCCAAAUUAACUGGAGAAACGUAG